AUGACGGAGAAACUUCAGUUUAAAAGUAGAAAGAGUGAUCACCACACGGAGGAAGAAGAGAUCUAUCAAUUAUGCAAGUAUGGUCAGCAAGACAGGAGGGAAUACUAUUACACACUUGGUUUUCAUAGCGAUGCUGUAUUUAUAGCUGAAAGAAAUGAUAAUGAGACAACAAUCCUACUGUCUUACAAUGGAUUUAGGUCAAUGAAUGGAAAGAUGACAUAUGUCAGACUAGUUUGUGACAGAGAGAGAAUUCUACCACAAGAUGCCAACUUCACUAUACUGAAGGAUAUGAAAGGUCUGGGGAAAGUGUAUGGAGAACUUCACCAUGUCAGUUGUUGCCCCGAUGGUUAUCUACAGGUACAGAAUACAGACCAAGAUGGACAACCGGUGAAGCAGACCCACACAGAAGGACAACUUACAAUUAAUGGAACAGAUAAUCUGUCAAACAGUACUGAUUCUGGUGAGAAAUCAGUUUUAUGAAUGUUGACUCUGUGGUCAGCUCAGGUUUAGGUCGAAGUGACUUAGCUUACUUGUAUCUGUGUGGAAGCCCAUUGCUGAUCAGCAUGUUUAGGCAGCCCUGCUCAUUUGACUUAACAGAAUGGUUUAUGUUCUGAUAUUUGAAAGUUUCCA